AUGUCGGAGACCGCUCUGCGCAGCCUGUCUCGUGAGGCGUUUUGGCCUCUGGUCGCAGCUGUCGGCUUUGCAUUUGGCUUCAUCCUGGGAAGGUCAACAAGGCAUGAAUUGCCCUUUCAGCCAGAAGGAUUUCCUGAGAACUUGCCAAAGGCAAAAGAUGUUGUGAGAGUGCGAGGAGCAAAGAUCCAACCUCCCCGACGUGAAGUGAUUUGUGAUGAUGCGCUGCGGUGGAUCGAAAAGACCAAAAGCUUCCCGUUAGGAUCCAUGGUCUUUACCUCUUUGCCGGAUAUGUCUGAAGUGGUUGAGAUGGCUCCCCGCUUUGAAGAUUGGGAGAACUUCUUCAUGAAGGCAGUCCGAAGCAUUCUGAUGGCCUUGCCUGAGGGUGGCGUGGCAACUUUCUAUCAAACAGAUGUGCGCUUGCCUGGUGUGGGCCAAGUGAGCAAGGCCUUUUUGGUCUUGCAGGCAGCUCAGGUGCCUGGCAUAAGGCUGAAAUGGCACAAGAUUGUUCACUUCGGCACGGUGGAUCAGCCGACCUGGAAUUCAGUUCAAUUCACUCAUUUGCUUUGCUUCGGCAAAGGAGCAGCCAGCGUCCAACGCGUGGGAGUUGUGGGUGAGGAUGACCCAGUGGUAGAUCUAGGUAGCACCAUCCCGGACGUCGUUGAGAGAGGAGUCAAGCCAACCGGUCUUCGCAAAGGAGCUUGCUGCAUGGGCAUCAAUGCCACUUCAGCAGUGAUGAAAUGGGCUGUGCGACGACUGCCAGGACUCCACACUGUGAUUGAUCCAUUUUGCGGAGCUGGCACAGUUCUCGCAGUUGCCAAUGAGUACGGUCUCGACGCAAUCGGUGUUGACAUCUCUCCGAAGCGGAUCAAGCAGGCGCAGCGUUUGAAGGCUGAAGAGAUUAGGAAGGCAAAGGCCAGUUGCUGA